UGGCGGGCAACGCCUCCCGUCCGCAUGACUCCCCGGUGCGCCACGGUCUUUCGCUGCCUCCGGUGUGCCUGGUGAGCCCCGGCGGCGGGCGCUUAGGGAGGGAGGGGAGAAGGAGAGGCGGCAUCGCGGCCUCGGUUGCGAAGGAUGGGAAUAGCGUACGGGCUGGGGAUGGUGGGUGGGAAUGGAUCUUGAAUGUCAAUAUGAGCUCAAGUGCUCAAAAUUGAAGUGUUGGCGUCCAGAAGGUCUUGGCUUAGUUUGAACAUGUCUUGUCUGGCAUGCUGUGGCGGCGAAGACACUCAAAGAGCACCUGAUAGUGGAGGUCCAUACUCUGGUGGCUACCCAGCAAGGAAUGAUGCUUAUCGCACUGCUGAUCCAACUCCCAGAGGUGCUCAACCUGUGAAAGCGCAGCCAAUCGCUGUCCCCACUAUUCCUGUAGAAGAAAUCAGGGAGGUCACAAAGGGUUUUGGUGAUGAAGUUUUGAUUGGUGAGGGUUCUUUUGGCAGAGUGUAUCUUGGUGUACUUAAAAAUGGUAGAAGUGCGGCGAUCAAAAAGUUAGAUUCAAGUAAACAACCGGAACAAGAAUUUUUGGCACAGGUCUCCAUGGUGUCAAGACUUAAGCAUGACAAUGUCGUGGAGUUGCUUGGUUACUGUGUUGAUGGAAACACUCGUAUCCUUGCUUAUGAAUUUGCUACUAUGGGUUCUCUUCACGAUAUUCUUCAUGGACGGAAAGGUGUGAAAGGAGCUCAGCCAGGUCCAGUCCUGUCCUGGACACAACGAGUGAAAAUUGCUGUUGGAGCAGCAAAAGGCUUGGAGUAUCUUCAUGAGAAAGCGCAGCCUCAUAUCAUACACAGGGACAUCAAAUCCAGCAACGUACUUCUAUUUGAUGAUGAUGUAUCUAAAAUAGCUGAUUUUGACUUGUCAAACCAAGCUCCUGAUAUGGCAGCUCGACUUCACUCAACUAGGGUUCUUGGAACAUUUGGAUAUCAUGCACCUGAGUAUGCGAUGACUGGACAACUUAGCUCUAAGAGCGAUGUCUACAGUUUUGGAGUUGUUCUUCUGGAGCUCCUGACUGGAAGAAAGCCCGUGGAUCAUACAUUACCAAGGGGACAGCAGAGUCUCGUGACAUGGGCAACUCCACGGCUUAGUGAAGACAAAGUCAGGCAGUGUGUUGACUCAAGACUUGGAGGGGAAUAUCCUCCUAAAUCUGUUGCAAAGUUUGCAGCAGUUGCCGCAUUGUGCGUUCAAUAUGAGGCUGAUUUUCGACCAAACAUGAGUAUUGUGGUGAAGGCGCUCCAGCCCCUGCUAAAUGCGCGAGCAUCCAACAACCCUGGUGAACACUCUGGAUCAUAACCUUCGAUUCACCAUUUGUACCAUUCGUGGUGCAGAAUAUUGCAUUGUCAAGGGUUUUUUCAAGUAGUAGCCGGGAAGCUGGCUGUAUGUAGAUUCGGUUUGUAAUCUGCUUUUUGCCUUAGUAGUACCUCAUUGAUUCUUCUGAUUUGCAGGAUGAGUGAAUGACUGCUCUUGCUUGUACCUGACGCGAGUAUCUGAUUCAGACAAUCAUGUAGCAUUGUAUUAAGACAAAAUUGUGGUGUUUGGCUUAAUGCACUUGACCUUAAUGAGAUAACUCCUUGGUAUUUCCUGGAUGUUUCCGACUAGUCUCUGUACCUUGAGAGGGCCCUAGCGUAUACAAGUAUAAACUGUAUGCCAUUUGUUUGGUUGCAUUCCGUCUGGUGCCCCUCUGUUCCUUGAGAAAUGAUUCCGUAAA